AAUCAAAGAUUCAGAUACUUUACAACUCGAUCAAGAAAAUAUAAAUCCAAUUGGAAUUCCUUUAAUUGAACAUCCUUUAAUUAGGCGACCUAAAGGAAGACGAUCAGGAACUACAAGAUUUAAAAGUCCUUUAGAAACUUCAUCUUGUCCUAAUGAAGUCCGAAGUCAAAACAAGUGUAGUUUAUGUUAA